UCGGGGUCUCGUUAAUCGAUGGAAACCCGUGCAAGGAAUAUAAAAUGGCUCUCAAUGUCUUGCUUGAUGACCCUCAUCUCAUAUCCCAACGUCAUCGCCACCAUCAUCAUCUACAAUCACCCCCACUCCUGCUCAUAGCAUCCAACCAUGGCAAGCAAGAUCGUCAUCAUCGGCGCCGGCUUUGCUGGCGUCUGGAGUGCCCUCGCAGCAAAACGACUCAUCAAUCUCAACAACAAGGAGAACAAUGUCGAAGUCCUCGUCAUCGCCCCCGAACCAACCCUCGUCAUGCGAAUCCGGCUUUACGAGACCAACGCCUCCUCCAUGACCCACCCUCUCGGCCCCCUCUUCGAAGCCGCAGGCAUCAAAUACAUCCAAGGCACCGUCACCACCAUCCAACCCGAAACACACUCCAUCCUCGUCCAAUCCCCCUCAAGCCCCAACUCAACCAUCCCAAUCACCUACAACCGCCUGAUCCUCGCAGCCGGAAGCACCCUCAUCCACCCACCCAGCAUAACCGGCCUCCAGGACCACGCCUUCAACAUCGACUCCCUCCCCUCAGCCACCAAACUUAACACCCACCUCUCCAACCUCCCCUCCCUCCCAGAAACCUCCGCCCGAGACACCAUCGCCAUCUGCGGCGCCGGUUUCACCGGAAUCGAACUCGCCACCGAGCUCCCCAAACGCCUCACCCACCUCCCCAACCCCCGAAUCGUUCUGAUCGACACGGCCAACGAAAUCGGCCCCGAACUCGGCGCUGGCCCCCGUCCCAUCAUCACCGAAGCUAUCAACGCCCUGAAGAUCCACCUCAAACUCAACUCAUCAGUCACAUCCAUCACCGCGGACAGCGUGACCCUCUCCACCGGGGAAACCAUCCAAACCAACACCACAAUCUGGACAGCAGGUGUAAAAGCCACCCCAUUAACCCACCAAAUCCCCAGUCCUAAAGACCAUCUUUCACGUCUCCACGUCACGCAACAUCUCCGCGUCCCUUCCACGCCUGAUAUAUUCGCCACUGGCGAUGUAGCCUGCGUCCUCGCUGACACAGAAGGUCAUUACGCGUUAAUGUCCUGCCAACAUGCCCUUGAACUAGGUCGUGUCGCGGGACAUAACGCGGCUGCGGAUCUUCUCGGUGAGUCCCGGUGGGAGUACUCCCAGGCUGGGUACGUGACUUGUUUGGAUCUGGGGGCUUGGGGGGCGGUGGUUUCGCAGGGCUGGGAACGAGAGGUGAGGUUUGCGGGGGAGUUGGCGAAGCGCGUGAAAGGGUUUAUCAAUGGGACGGCGAUUUAUCCGCCGGUUGAUGUGGAGGAGGCGUUGGGUGCGGCGGCACCGGGUAGUUAUCAGUCGGAUGUGUUGUUGGAGGAGAUUGUGAAGGUGGUGGGGUAGCUGCGUUUGUUCGGUUGAUGCGCUUUAGUUUGUUUUCUGGCUUUGUCUUUGGAUUUGUUGUUUAUUUAAUGUAACUAACUGCAGG